AUGAUGUUUGAUGGCGAUGAUUAUGCCCGCGAGCGGCUGGAUGAACAAUCGAGACAAAAGGUUCGAGAUGACGUCUACAAACUCGUAAUGUUCGGAGUUAUCAUUGAGGCAGGCACGUUUUCUCUUCCUUUUGUUUCAUAUUUAAUUUUAGUGGCUUAUGGCGGCACUUACCUCGGCUACGACUGGUUUCUGGUUUGAUCUUACCCAUGCCGACACCUCUAUUUUUCAAUGGCUAAAACUCAAUAAUCUAGAUGCUCCUAAUUGUUAUUUGUUGGAAUAAACAGAGAAUGUUCUUUGAGGCCACAAAGUUCUUUACUUCAUCGGCGUGACCGUCUGAUUUUCUGAACUCUUCUUUGUCAUUCAGUUUAUCAAGGAUAAUAUAGAUUUUAACUAUUGAAAAAAUUUGUUUUUCUAGGAAAAUCCGAUGCUCCACACAGUUGGUGGUCCAUUUUUGGCGGCACAGUUUCCAACCAUCCGUUUCUCUUCGAGGCCGGCGUCAAGUCGACCAAAAAAGCCAGCCCAGACAGCUGAAGUUGAUGCCCAAAGAUUGGCUUCGAUUUAUAAGAAUGUGUUUGGAGAUGCGAGUAACCAGGAGGUUAGGAAGGUGCUGAAAGGUACGUAGGAUUUUUAUUUGGUUUAUUUUGUGUUUAGAUGCCAGUAGGUUCCUCAGGCGCAAGAAUACUUUGUUAUCCAUGACUUCGGCCGUGCAAUCAACUCUCGGACAAAGUUCUCUGCUUUUUAAUGGAAACAUCAGUAAGGAUUUGAUUUUUCCUCAUUUGUUUAGUUUUGAGGAAUCCUUUGAAAAUGUUUUUCUUCAGAUAUCGUCGGAGUUCGCCAUUUCCGGACCAAUGCUAGUCGGCCUAAAGGAAUCGGUCAGAAGAAGGGAGAUCUUGAAGAAGACAAAGGCCCACUGAAAAAAUUUUUUGACAAUCUGCGUGGAGAGCAGGUGACUAAUUUUAUUUCUUAUUUGUCUUUUCUAGGCACAUUUUCUAUCAAAAUUAUGUCAUCCAUGGCAAUUUCAGAACUUCAAGCCCGAGAAAACAGCGGAAGAACAACUGAAACUCUAUAAGGAAGAGCUGUCCAAAGUUGCGGAAAAGGAUAAACGACCAUUCCUUGAAGGAUUCUCUCAGGCAUUCCUUUUGGCCAACAAAAAUCAAGGGCAGAAUGUCGGAGCGAAUCAGACGAAAAAAUUCUCGUUGGUGACCCGAAUUUACAUUGCGGUUAUCAUCGCAAUUAUGCUGGCCUUCUUCUCGGGAGGUAAGAAUACGAUUAUUUUAUUUGUAGGAUGGCUUAGGAACUUGUUUAAUUUUAAGUCGCUUUUACCUAGUAUAAGGUCGUAUAAUUUCAUUAAAGACAAAAUUCUGAUUCAGUAAUUCGUGUUCGCGUAGGUGAACGUCCUAUUGGUUCACUGAUUUUCUCGAAUGCUCAGGAAGUGAAGCCAGAAGAAGUUACGGUCACUUUCGAAGAUGUGAGAGGGGUAAGAUUUUUUAUUGUGUUUAUAAGUCGUGGGCAGAUUUUGAUCUUAGAAUUAUUUUUGCCCUUUAUUCUCUCUGAUAAAAUUGUUUUCAGAUGGAAGAAGCGAAAUCUGAAGUUGAGGAGAUCGUAUCUUACCUUAGAGAUCCAGAUCGUUAUAGUCGACUUGGUGGAAGACUGCCCAAAGGAGUUUUGAUGGUUGGCCCUCCGGGUACUGGAAAGACUCUUCUGGCCCGGGCUAUCGCUGGAGAAGCACAGGUCCCAUUCUUUCAUACCAGCGGUUCAGAAUUCGAUGAAGUUUUAGUUGGACAAGGUGCAAGGAGAGUCCGAGAUCUUUUUGGUAGGUUCUUUAACGUGAUAAAUUAGAAUUUAUAUGGUGUCUUUGAAGUAUUUUGAUGUCACAUUUUACAGAAAGAGCAAAGGCCCGAGCUCCAUGCAUAGUUUUUAUUGAUGAGAUUGAUUCCGUUGGAUCGAAGCGAGUCUCGAAUAGCAUUCAUCCAUAUGCCAAUCAGACGAUUAAUCAGGUAAUUUGAGAGUAGAUUUGAGUUUGUUUUGAAUAUUUUUAGGCAAAAAAUAGGUUUUUUUUUCUCCGCUACAUAUUGAUUAUUAUCCAUGUUUUAGUUGCUCUCGGAGAUGGACGGUUUCAACAGAAAUGAGGGAGUUAUUGUCAUCGGAGCCACAAAUCGAAUGGAAGAUCUGGAUAAAGCGUUGCUGAGACCCGGCCGAUUUGACGUUCGAGUUACAGUAUCCAAACCAGACUUGGAUGGGAGAAAGGAUAUUUUUAGGUGAGGUUUUGAUUUUUUACUGUUUGAUUUCGAUGUUUAGGUUGUAUCUUGGCCGAAUCAUCCAUGAAAAGUUAAAUGUUGAUGUCUUGGCAAAAGGCACAACUGGAUUUACCGGCGCGGAUAUUGAGAAUAUGGUAAAUCAAGCUGCCCUGAAGGCCGCCACCGAAGGAUGUAACAGAGUCUCGAUGAGGCACCUCGAAGAUGCCAAGGACAGAAUUUUGAUGGGUCCAGCCAGGGUAAAAGGACGGUUCCCGGAUGAGGAAACCAAUAAAUGCACCGCAUUCCAUGAAGCUGGCCAUACUUUGGUCGCCCUCUUCACAAAAGAUGCCACUCCGGUACACAAAGUGACAAUCAUCCCAAGAGGGCUGAGCAUGGGACAUGUAAGUGGAUUUGAGAGGGUGUUUUACAGGCUUUGGCGAUGGAAUCCACUGAUUGAGUUUUGUAAAUUUUUUGUAUUGCCAUUUUUUUCUUUUUUUUUUGAUUUUCCUUUUUUUCAGACAGCUCUUUUGCCGAGUAAGGACGAAUAUCAAGUAACACGCGCCCAGAUGCUCGCCCAACUCGAUGUAAUGAUGGGCGGCAGAGUCGCGGAAGAACUGAUUUUUGGAGAUGACAAAGUGACCACAGGCGCCGCCGACGACAUGAAAAGAGCCACAGAUUUGGCCACUCAAAUGGUAAAGCAUUAUGGAAUGAGUGAGAAGGUUGGACUGAGAGAUUACUCGUCAGAGGAGAAUACAGGAGCCCUUGUCAACGUGAAUGAACGAUCACCCCAGACGAAUGAACUGCUGGACCAGGAGAUCAACAGGUUACUCAAGGAGAGCUAUCUCAGGGCCAAGAAGAUUUUAACUGAUAAAGCGGUGAGUAAAGACUUUUUAUCGGGGUGGAUUGUCGAAAGGCGGAAUUUUGCUUGAGGGUCUGGAAAAUUUCGGAAUUUUUUAUUGGUUUAGGAAUUUCUAGACAUGGGAAUUUUGAAUUUAUGCGUUUUGGGUUCAAAUGAGUAGGUAGGCGAGGACUGUCCACAUAUAUUUUUACAUUGAUAUUACGACAUGUCUAGUGCGUUUUAAAAAGAAUUUUGGAAAUCUAAUACCCAGUAUAGUAUAAUUUUAUGAUUGGUAUUGCGUUUUAAUCUGUAGGUAGAGAAUGAGCUAACGACUUGAGUUACAUUGCUAUUUUCAUUAAAUCGCCAAUGGCUUGAAGAAUUUUUCUACUUUAUAAAACCUUGACAUCUUAUAUCUUUCAGAAGGAACACACUCUCCUGGCCCAAUCCCUCCUCGAAUAUGAGACACUGACCUCGGAUGAAGUCCGCGAACUCAUCAAGACCGGCAAAAUUGAACGUCCCAAUCUCACCAAUGUCAAUAAUACCGACAUGGUCCCACAAAAAAGAAAACGUCGAGACAAGGCUCCCUCGAUCAUCCAUGUGAACGUCGAUGUUGACUAG